UGUACUGAAUAGUCGUUCAUUUAGAUGAGUUAAAAACAUGUCGUUUAAAGUCGCGAAAGCGGAAUGUUUGGACUUUAGUCCAACAUUUGUUUCACAUUGUAAUCGCGAUAAACUCGGCAAGGAAAACAACACUUCAAUCCCUGUGCUGAGUUUGCUUCAGUUCUCCAAGUGUCCUUUCGUGUCAUUUGGGAUGAUCAAAUUGGGAUCAUCAAAAUCUUUGCCUUUACGAAUCGAAAAUCCCACCGAGGAUGCAACAACGACAGUCAUUGUGGAUAAAAUUGCAGCAUCCAAAGGCUUUUCGGUUGAUCAGACGUCUUUUACAAUGCAGCCUGAAGGCAGCAUUAUUUUAACUGUCACUUGGACACCAGUGGAAGAAGGCGGGGUUCGAGAACUCCUCAGUUUUGUUGCAAAUGGAAUUGUCAAACACCAGGCGAUUUUGCUUGGGAAAGCGCAGGCGACAAAGAAGAAAAAGAAAACCUUAUGGGAUUCAAUUAAAUCCAAGAAGGGUGUCCCGGCACCCUCAAAAGAGAAGAAAGUGUCUUCAAUGCCGAUAAAGGCUGCAAAUAUGACAUUUCAUGUCUCACGCCAGUCGCAGUACAGAAAAGAUAGAACAUCCAACCCGUUGUUGCCAUUAAACCAGGAACGGUUUGCCUAUGGGUCCAAUGCCAUUAGGACGAGUGCACCAUCCUCCACUCCUGAGAUGUCAAAGCCUGUUUUUGUGACGGAAAAGUUUGAUGAUGUGCAUUUGCAAAAGAACUCACCAGUGGUCGUCUUAGUACCAGCAGAGAGAUUUUUGGAUACACCUGGUAACAAGGAUAUGACUUUUUCACGUAAAGCAGAGUGCAAAGAAAUCACAAGGGUUUUGAAUAAAACACUCUCUCCUGCCAGCACCCCAGAGAGGUUUGGAAAUCCUUUGUGCUUUCAGAGUCCACUUCCCAUGAUUGGACAAUUUGCACAAGAUCAAAGUCAAGAGCCAGAGAAACCGUCUUUGUCUGUAAAAGGCACUCUGGAUGUUAUAGGAUCAGAUCUGUCGCAUGCAGUGAGUCUGCCUAAUGCUUGCUCAAGCUUUGAUUUUUCUGUUUCUCUUGAGUCUGAAAAACCUGAUCCAGAAAGAUCAUUUAGAGCGACAGCAGUCAUUUCACCACCAGUUGAAGUCGCUCACCCAAGGUUGACUUUCUGUGUGAAACCCAACAAAGUCAUAGGCGUUGAAUCAAAUCAUGAUGCAUUUAGGCUCAAGGCAUUACCUUUUUGCACCGCCACAGUGACCAAGUUGAGUAAAGUGGAUGAUGCCCUUGUUCCUGAUGGUCCCAAGAAGUUUCCUGUGAAUUCUACCACAGUGACCAAAGGCAAACCAGAAGCCUCUGUUGAGAGUCCAGGCUUGCGUAAGAAGAAAACUUCCAGACGCCGGCUCUUGGAGAAGACCUUGGAGCUCUCAGAAGCUAGUAAUGCAGAAUCCAACGCAAGUUCUCCUGACAGUGCUUUACCUGUCAUCAGCUCAGAUUCAAGUCCAGAUGUGGCACUAGAGUCCAAAUCUUCUGUAACUUCAGUGCAGGUUACACAAGAGAAGCCAACCUCAAAGUUAUCCCCUCCUGAACAGCUUUUGUCUUCUAUAUCUUCCAUUCGACCUCAAGUUUUGACCAUGGUUAGUAGCAGUCCGUCAAGUGGUCUGGAAUUGGCAGCUGGUAACGUCUCUGACAAAGUGCAACCAGGUCUUUAUCAGGACCAGUUUCCUGUGCAGAGUAAAAAGAGAAAAAGUGAUGAGUUUUUGAGAGGUCAGUCAGAAGACGAGACAAACGUCCAACAAGCAAAAAAGUGCCGUGCUCCGACACAUGCGACAGAGAGACCAAGCCAUGAAAGAACGUUCACUUCAAGGUCCACAUCUAGACCGCAACGCAAAGCUAUAGCUCCACCAAGCUCAAGAAAGUUCACAAAACCUCCACCAAAGAAAUCCUCUCCAAAAACAACUCAAAAAGAUGGCCGGUCAGUAAAGUCACUGAGCAUCUCGAGUCGAAAGCCUGCAAGGAUCGUGGCUGUAGCGCAGGCCAAACUUACCUUUAUAAAGCCAUCACAGACUGCCAUACCAAGGCAUCCUCUGCCAUUUGCUGCAAAGAACAUGUUUUAUGAUGAGCGAUGGAUUGAGAAACAGGAGCGGGGCUUCACCUGGUGGAUGAAUUAUGUUCUCACUCCUGAUGAUUUCAAAGUUGCUACUGAAGUUACCAAAGUGAAUGCCUUAUCAUUAACUAUGGGGAACGACAAAUUCAAUAUACCCAAAGCACCAACAAAAGAAGAGAUGUCUUUUAGAACCUACACAGCCCGUCAACUGCUAAACCGCCUUCGGCGAGCAGCUUGCAAGCUUUUUACGUCAGACACCAUGGUAAAGGCCAUCCAGAGACUGGAGCUGGAAGUAGAAGCCAAGAGACUCCUUGUGCGAAAGGACAGACAUCUCUGGAAGGACAUAGGUGAGCGUCAGAAAGUUCUUAACUGGCUGAUAUCAUUCAAUCCACUUUGGCUGCGAAUCGGACUUGAGACAAUCUAUGGAGAGCUAAUAUCACUUGAAAGCAACAAUGAUGUCAUGGGAUUGGCCAUGUUUAUUCUUGGACGUCUCCUGUGGAACCCAGACUUAGCUGCUGAGUUCAGACACCCUAAAGUGCCUCAUUUGUACAGAGAUGGCCACGAGGAGGCGCUCUCUCGCUUCACUCUAAAGAAACUAAUCCUGCUGGUCUGCUUUCUGGAUAAAGCCAAAGAGUCCAGACUGAUCGAACAUGAUCCUUGUUUGUUCUGCAUGGAUGCUGAAUUUAAGUCAAGCAAAGAUCUGCUACUGGCGUUUUCUCGGGACUUCCUCAGCGGUGAAGGCAUUUUGUCACGGCACCUCAGCCACUUGGGCCUAGCAGUAUCCCAUGUUCAGACUCCUCUGGAUGAGUUCAACUUUGCUGUGAAGAAUCUUGCUGUUGAUUUGAGAUGUGGCAUUCGUUUAGUACGGGUCAUGGAGCUCUUCACUCUGGACUGGACUUUGUCUAGAAAGCUGCGGAUACCCGCUAUUAGCCGCCUGCAGAAAGUGCACAAUGUUGAUGUUGCACUACAGGUUCUGAAAGACAAAGGUGUUGACCUUAAAGAUGAGCAUGGAGCGAACAUUGACUCCAGAGACAUUGUGGAUGGACACCGGGAAAAGACCCUAAACCUUCUGUGGAAAAUCAUAUUUGCCUUCCAGGUGGAAGUGCUACUUGAUGAGAAUCAACUCAAAGAGGAAAUCAGUUUCCUCAGGAAAACAUGGAGGACUAAACAGAAGCUGGCCUCAUUAAUGGCUAACAGUGGGGUUGCAGUGACAAGGAUGAAGUCAAGACAAGCAUUUGAACAUCCCAGCCAAAAAGUGACACUGCUCAUGGACUGGGUCAGUGCUGUUUGUGAGUUCUACAACAUAAAGGCUGAAAAUUUUACGGUGUCAUUCUCAGAUGGUCGUAUCCUGUGCUACCUCAUUCAUCAUUACCACCCUGGUCAUCUCCCUGAAGAAGAGAUUCAACAGAGAACAACGCAGACCAUUGAAUGUGGCCAUCGUGGCAGAGUGGAGCUCAAUAACUCCUCGACUGACUCGGACUGCUCUUUUGAAAAUUUGCCCACAAUACAAACUGAAUCCCCGUCAGUGGACUUUAAAGAGCUACUUGAGAAAGAGAGAAAUAACUUUCAGUUGGUGAACACUGCUGUGUCUUAUCUUGGAGGGGUGCCUGCUAUGAUAAAUCCAGAGGAUAUGUCCAACACUAUCCCAAAUGAAAAGGUUGUCACAUGCUACCUCUCCUUCCUCUGUGCCCGUCUUUUGGAUCUCCGCAAUGAAACAAGAGCAGCCCGGGUCAUCCAGGGUGCAUGGCGGAGAUACAAGCUACAAAAGAACAUUGAGCUUAUUCAGCAAAGGAACCUGUCUGCUACUAAAAUUCAAGCCCUUGUGCGGAAGUUCAUCUUGAGAAGAAGAAUGAUCAAACAGAAUAAGGCAGCCAUCAUGAUCCAAAUAUUCUGGAGAGGAUACGUUGCACGGGAAAAGUUGAGAGGGCUGAAAAAAGAGAAACAGUUUGCUCUUCAAAAUGCAGCUGCAACUGUAAUUCAGAAAACAUACAAAGCUUGGAGGAUUCAAAGUCUCCUAAAGAAAAACCAUGCCGCCUCUGUAAUCCAAGCAGCUUUCCAGAAGUGGCACGCAAAGAAAUUGCUGGAAAGAAAUGCUGCAGCCUUGUGCAUUCAAGCAUGGUACAGAAUGCAGCGUUGUAAAACCCAGUACCUGGAUAUGAAAAGCAAAGCAGUUUGUGUUCAAGCAUGGUUUAGAGGUCACUUUCAAAGAUGCAAGUUCCAGACUUUAAAGAAAAGGCAUAAUGCUUCAGUUGUCAUUCAGAGUGCAUUCAGGGCUUACCUUGUCAGACAACACGUAUCUAAAAUGAAGCAAAAUGCAGUUUUGAUUCAGAGGUGGUUCCGAGCAUGCAUGCUAAGGAAAGCAGAACAGAAGAGAUACUUCAAGAUUAAAUCGGCAGUUCUUGCUCUGCAAGCAGCUUUCCGUGGCUGGAAGGUCCAACGAUCUGUGGCUCAGCGCCACCAAGCUGCAAUUCUGAUUCAAGCUGCUUUCAGGCGGUUUAUGGCUCAAAGGCACUAUUUAUGUUUAAAAAGAUCAGCCAUUGUUCUGCAACAGCGAUACAGAGCAAAAGUACUUGGAGACAAAUUACGACAAGAGUAUAUGGCUCUUAAACUCGCUUCAGUGACAAUUCAAGCAAUUUGGCGAGGACGAGCUGAGAGGAAGAAGAUCAGUCAACUCCACAGAUUUGCCGGAAUCAUUCAGUCAAACUACCGUAGAUAUGUGGCACAGACACGGUUUUUGGAAAUGAAACAGGCUGCCGUAGUCAUUCAAAGAAAAUACAGAGCCUUCAGAGAUGGACGGAAGGUGUACGCAGAAUACACUGAAAUUAAAAGAGCGACCAUUGUGCUACAGAGUGCUUAUCGUGGCAAGAGAGCAAGACAAGAACUGCAGAAGAAAAACAAAGCAGCAACUUUGAUUCAGUCUGUGAUAAGAGCACAUAGGUGCCAUCAGAGGUUUUUAGCUCUAAAACGUGCUGCUAUUGUCAUUCAGCAACGCCAUCGGGCUUUAGCACUUGGACGGUUGGAAAGAAGCCAUUACGUCCAUUUGAGGCAGGCAACUAUAACUCUACAGGCCAUAUAUCGGGGUUCCAAAGUGAGGCAAAAUCUGAGACAAGAGCAUCAAGCCGCUACUAUCAUUCAAGCUCAAUUCCGAAUGCAUAAGGUACGCGUUGCCUUUCUUGCUGCGAAGUGUGCAGCUAUCAUCAUACAGCAGCAAUACAGAGCCUACAGAGUUGGCAAAUGCAUGCAAGCUACUUACUUGCAAACGAAAAAUGCCGCUGUAGUUAUUCAGUCAGCAUUCAGGGGAAUGAAAGUUCGCAACUACUUAAGAAAAUCUCACCAAGCUGCAACAGUGAUUCAGGCACAUUUCCGUGGACAUUCCCAACUCAAGAAGUACCAAAGACAACAGUGGGCCGCAUCCAUUUUACAGCAGCGAUUCAGGGCAAUGAUGACUAAAAAUGCUGUCGUGAAGAGCAUAAAAACAGCGGCCAUAUGUAUCCAGUCAGCUUUCCGUGGAAUGAUGGUGAGAAAGCAGAUUGCAGAAAGGCACAAAUCUGCAAAAAUGAUCCAGAAGACAUAUAGAGCAUACAAGCAACGCCGUGAUUACCUUGCUCUCAGAAAUGCCACUAUUCGUAUUCAGCAACAGUAUAGAGCAAUUGUAAGUGCAAGGCAACAACGUAAAAGAUUUUGCUCCUUGAGAGCAGCUGCCAUCACCCUGCAGUCUAUGUACCGCGGGAUGAGAUUAAGGAAAGAAAUCGAUAGAAAGCAUAAAGCGGCCACUGUGAUUCAGGCAAUGUACAAAAUGUACAGAACUCGAGUGCCAUUCCAAGCUAUGAAACUGGCUGCAUUGGUCAUACAGAGGCAAUACAGGUGCCAUCUACUGAGAAAAGAGGCGAGAGAGAACUUUUUGAAGCUACGGUGUAGUGCAAUUGCAAUUCAGGCAAUUUACAGAGGAAACCGUGCACGCCGUGACAUUGCUAGAAUGAAUUUUGCAGCCACAGUCAUUCAACGGAAGUACCUUGCCUACAAACAAAGAAAGUGCUUUUUGUCUAUCAGAGCUGCUGUUGAAUUCUGUCAACGACACUAUCGAUCCGUUUUGGUAGCAAGGCACGAUCGGAGAGAUUAUUUUGCUAAACGCCGAGCUGUUGUUGCAAUCCAAGCAACUUUCAGAGGAAUGCAGGUUCGGCGACAGAUCCGAAGAGAGCAUGAAGCUGCAACAAUCAUUCAGUCCCAUGUGAGAAAACACAUCCUCAAGUUGCGCUUCCAGCGACUUCGGUGGGCGGUCUGCACUGUUCAGCAGCGUUUCAGAGCUAACAAAAUGAUGAAACGAGAGAUGGCAGCACUGCAGGAACAGAAGAGUGCUGCCUUGAUUCUGCAAGCAGCCUAUCGUGGCAUGAAGUCCAGACAGACUGUGAAGCAAAUCCAUCAGGCUGCCACCACCGUUCAGGCAACUUUCAGAGCUUAUAGUGCUCGUAAACGGUAUUUAGCCAUGAAAUGCGCUGCCAUUGUCAUUCAGCAAAGGUACCGUGCCACAAAUGUAGCGAAACAGCAGAGAAAGCAUUUUCUUGAAAUGUGCCAAGGUGCACUUGUUGUUCAGGCAUGUUAUAGAGGUCUUAAAGUUAGAAGGAAACUACUACAACAGCGUCAAGCAGCUGUCUUGAUUCAGUCUUAUUUUAGGAGACACAAAGAGAUGGCCAAGUACCAGGCCAUGAGGUUGUCCGUUAUCGUUAUCCAGAGCCAUUACAGGUCAUACACCCAGGCCAGAGCAGAUCGUGAGAACUAUUUAUGUUUAAGAAAGUCAGCCAUUGUCAUUCAAGCAGCUUAUCGUGGCAAGAGAGCAAGACAAGAACUGCAGAAGAAAAACAAAGCAGCAACUUUGAUUCAGUCUGUGAUAAGAGCACAUAGGUGCCGUCAGAGGUUUUUAGCUCUAAAACGUGCUGCUAUUGUCAUUCAGCAACGUCAUCGGGCUUUAGCACUUGGACGGUUGGAAAGAAACCAUUACGUCCAUUUGAGGCAGGCAACUAUAACUCUACAGGCCAUAUGUCGGGGUUCCAAAGUGAGGCAAAAUCUGAGACGAGAGCAUCAAGCCGCUACUAUCAUUCAAGCUAAAUUCCGAAUGCAUAAGGUACGCGUUGCCUUUCUUGCUGCGAAGUGUGCAGCUAUCAUCAUACAGCAGCAAUACAGAGCCUACAGAGUUGGCAAAUGCAUGCAAGCUACUUACUUGCAAACGAAAAAUGCCGCUGUAGUUAUUCAGUCAGCAUUCAGGGGAAUGAAAGUUCGCAACUACUUAAGAAAAUCUCACCAAGCUGCAACAGUGAUUCAGGCACAUUUCCGUGGACAUUCCCAACUCAAGAAGUACCAAAGACAACAGUGGGCCGCAUCCAUUUUACAGCAGCGAUUCAGGGCAAUGAUGACUAAAAAUGCUGUCGUGAAGAGAUAUGCAGCCAUAAAAACAGCGGCCAUAUGUAUCCAGUCAGCUUUCCGUGGAAUGAUGGUGAGAAAGCAGAUCGCAGAAAGGCACAAAUCUGCAAAAAUGAUCCAGAAGACAUAUAGAGCAUACAAGCAACGCCGUGAUUACCUUGCUCUCAGAAAUGCCACUUUUCGUAUUCAGCAACAGUAUAGAGCAAUUGUAAGUACAAGGCAACAACGUAAAAGAUUUUGCUCCUUGAGAGCAGCUGCCAUCACCUUGCAGUCUAUGUACCGCGGGAUGAGAUUAAGGAAAGAAAUCGAUAGAAAGUAUAAAGCGGCCACUGUGAUUCAGGCAAUGUACAAAAUGUACAGAACUCGAGUGCCAUUCCAAGCUAUGAAACUGGCUGCAUUGGUCAUACAGAGGCAAUACAGGUGCCAUCUACUGAGAAAAGAGGCGAGAGAGAACUUUUUGAAGCUACGGUGUAGUGCAAUUGCAAUUCAGGCAAUUUACAGAGGAAACCGUGCACGCCGUGACAUUGCUAGAAUGAAUUUUGCAGCCACAGUCAUUCAACGGAAGUACCUUGCCUACAAACAAAGAAAGUGCUUUUUGUCUAUCAGAGCUGCUGUUGAAUUCUGUCAACGACACUAUCGAUCCGUUUUGGUAGCAAGGCGCGAUCGGACAGAUUAUUUUGCUAAACGCCGAGCUGUUGUUGCAAUCCAAGCAACUUUCAGAGGAAUGCAGGUUCGGCGACAGAUCCGAAGAGAGCAUGAAGCUGCAACAAUCAUUCAGUCCCAUGUGAGAAAACACAUCCUCAAGUUGCGCUUCCAGCGACUUCGGUGGGCGGUCUGCACUGUUCAGCAGCGUUUCAGAGCUAACAAAAUGAUGAAACGAGAGAUGGCAGCACUGCAGGAACAGAAGAGUGCUGCCUUGAUUCUGCAAGCAGCCUAUCGUGGCAUGAAGUCCAGACAGACUGUGAAGCAAAUCCAUCAGGCUGCCACCACCGUUCAGGCAACUUUCAGAGCUUAUAGUGCUCGUAAACGGUAUUUAGCCAUGAAAUGCGCUGCCAUUGUCAUUCAGCAAAGGUACCGUGCCACAAAUGUAGCGAAACAGCAGAGAAAGCAUUUUCUUGAAAUGUGCCAAGGUGCAUUUGUUGUUCAGGCAUGUUAUAGAGGUCUUAAAGUUAGAAAGAAACUACUACAACAGCGUCAAGCAGCUGUCUUGAUUCAGUCUUGUUUUAGGAGACACAAAGAGAUGGCUAAGUACCAGGCCAUGAGGUUGUCAGCUAUCGUUAUCCAGAGCCAUUACAGGUCAUACACCCAGGCCAGAGCAGAUCGUGAGAACUAUCUUAGUUUAAGAAAGUCAGCCAUUGUCAUUCAAGCAGCCUUUCGAGGACACUCUCUAAGGAGACAACUGGCAGAAAAGCAAGAAGCAUCCAUCAUCAUACAGGCUGCUUUCCGGAUGUAUCAGCAGAGGUCAGCAUUUAAGAGACAGCGCUGGGCAGCCAGGGUUCUCCAACAGCGAUUUAGAGCCCUGAAACUUCGAGACGAGCAGAUGUGUAGAUACCAGCAGGCAAGAAAUGCCGCUGUAUGCCUGCAGAAGUCAUUCAGAGGGAUGAAGGGGAGAGAACUGGCCAGAUGGACCAAGGCCGCAAGAACCAUCCAGUCCUACCUAAGGAUGGCUGUCCAACGACAACGUUUCUUGAAAGAAAAGGCUGCAGCAAUCACGAUUCAGUCUGCGUACAGAGGCCAUUGCGCCAGAGUUCAGCAUGCCAGGAUGCAAGCAAGUGCAACACUCAUCCAAAAGUGGUACAGAUCAUGUAAACUGGUCCAGAAAGAUCGAAAUGGUUUUGUUGCUCUUAAGCAAGCUACGCUUACCUUGCAAUCUGCAUUGCGUGGAAUGCUAGUGAGGAGGCUUGCAAAAAGAAGGCGGGCUGCAAUCAAGAUUCAGUCUGCUAUGCACAUGCAUGUACACCGCAAGCGCUACGUGUUGCUCCGCUCAAGUGUCCUGAAGUUGCAAGCUCAUUACAGAAUGUUUGUGGACCGGAGAAGAUGCCGCAGGUUGCAGGCUGCAACUGUUACUUUCCAAAAGCAUUACAGAGCUCAUAGGGCAACAGUGGAGCAGAGGAGCAGUUAUCUGAAGACGCUCCAGAACAUAAAAAUCCUUCAGGCCAGAGUGCGUGGACACAUUGAGUACAGAAGAUUUCAGAGAUUGCGUGCAAGUGCCAUCACAAUUCAGGCACAUUAUCGGGGGAUGAUUAAAAGACGCCGGUUUCAGCAUCUCAAGGAAUCUGUUUUGGUUAUACAGAAGCAUUACAGAGCUUUUCGCCUCUGCCAGAGAGAGCGUGCACAGUUUCUUCAACUGCAAAAGUCAGCUGUUCUGAUACAAACAGCAUUUCGGGCUUAUCAAACAAGACAACAUGCUGUGCGAGCACAAGCUGCCCGGAAAAUUCAGGCCUGGUUCCGAGGACGCAUAGCUAGACGAAACUACAUUUUAAAACAAGCUGCUGUUGCAACCAUUAGUCGGUGUAUUCAAGCAAGACGCCAACGUUCAAGAUUUCUAGCAGUCCAGCGCAGUGUCCGAGUCAUUCAGCAAAGAUGGAGGGAAACCCUAAUUGCCAGAAAACAGCAUGCUGACUUCCUGAGGUUUAGAAAGUCUGUUCUGUACAUCCAGGCAUUGUGGAGAGGUCAAAGAGUGAGAGAUUCCAUUCAAAAGCAAAUAACAGCUGCUGUGAAGAUACAGUCCGCUUUCAGAGGCUUUAGUCAAAGACGUCGAUAUCGCCAGCAGAGAGAUGCUGCCAUAAUUCUACAGCGCCAUUUCCGAUUUUUACGCCUGGCCAGAAUUAAAGAAGAAAAUCUAAGACGACGACACAAUGCCGCUGUCUAUCUUCAGGCUUUGUGGCGUGGUUGGCUUGCGAGACAACAGGUAAAAGAAAUGGCUUGUGCUGUAAGACGCCACCGUUUCACUGCUGCUGUUUACCAUCAUCUCUGUGCAAAAAGGAUUCAGAGAGCUGUGCGAGCACACUGGGCUCUUAAAUCCGCCAAGAGGAAGAUCUCUUCGGUCCUAUACAUCCAGCAAUGUUUUAGGGCAAAACUGCAAAGAAAGGGAUACCUUAAAGACAGAGAAGACAUCAUCAAGUCCCAGAGGGCAGUGAGAACUUGGUUACAUCAUCGCAACAAAGCUGCUGCUACUAUCCAGUAUGCAGUUAGGAAGCUCCUUCUGAGACGCCGCAAGGAGAGGCUACAACGUGGAAUAAUAAAGGCCCAGGCACUCUGGAGGGGUCAUCGUUCAAGAAAACAUCAUGACACAAGCAAAGUCAUUUCCAUGAGGCGCCGUCUCAGGGAAGUAAAUCGGGGGGUGAAGGAAGAGGACAAGCUGUGUAACAAGACUACAACAGCACUAAGCUACCUGCUUGGACUUCAAAAUUAUGCGUACAUUCUUGCAGCCUUGAAACAUUUGGAAACUGCCACAAGACUUUCUCCUGAGUGCUGUGAACGUCUUGUUGAAAGCGGAGCAACACACACCAUCUUCACUCUGAUAAGGAGCUGCAACAGAAGUGUGCCUUCAAUGGAGAUCAUCAUAUUAUCCAUCCAAGUUCUUCUCAACUUAUCAAAGUACAACAGAACCAUUGAUGCAGUUUAUGAUGUAGACAACUCUGUAGAAACCCUCCUGGAUCUUCUGCAGAUCUACCGGGAGAAGGCUGGAGAUAAGGUUGCAGAAAAAGGUGGCAGCAUCUUUACCAAGGCUUGUUUUCUCUUGGUCCUCUUAGUCCAGGAUGAUGGUUUUGUUUACGCGGCGCGAUGCAAUGCAACGUGUAAAAAGACUAAACACUAUAAUUAA